AUGCGCUCCAGUCCCGUCUCUCGGUGUCGAAUGCACUGCUACUUCGAAACCGGGUCGCCAAUGUGCGGAGGCGGGACCAGGACGGUUUUCUCCAAGCGGAGAGCCGGAUCGGGAGUUCUAAGCCCGGUUAGGGAGGGAUCGACAUUAACCCACGGAGCCCAAAAAGGAAGUAUCUCGAACUACGAAGUAUAUCUGGGUGCCCUUGUUGGCACCCUCCUCGGCGCGGCACCCGCCGUGCUGGCCGAUAAUCCCAUUAUCCAAACCCUCUACUCGACGGACCCGGCGCCGUACGUAUGGAACGACACGGUAUGGCUCUUCACGGGCCACGACGAGCCCAACUCGGACUGGUUCACCAUGAAGGACUGGAGGCUAUUCUCAUCCACCGACAUGGUCAACUGGCGCGACUGGGGCAAGAUGAUGAGCGUAGAGACCUUCAGCUGGGCGAGCGCCGACGCCUGGGCCGGCCAGGUAAUUGAACGCAACGGCAAGUUCUACUACUACGUGCCCGUCACCCGCAAGGGCUCAUCAAUGGGCAUCGGGGUUGGCGUCAGCGACAGCAUCACGGGCCCGUACAAAGAUGCUAUAGGCGCGCCGCUCGUCGCCAACAGCGCCAUCGACCCGACCGUGUGGAUCGACGACGACGGCCAGGCCUACCUCUACUGGGGCAACCCAAACCUCUACUACAUCAAGCUCAACGAGGACAUGAUCUCAUACAGCGGCGGCAUCAACACGGUCGACCUCUCCUCCUUCCAGGGCCACUUCGAAGAAGCCCCCUGGCUCUACAAGCGCGACAGCACCUACUACCUCGCGUACGCGGGCCACUGCUGCUCCGAAGACCUGCGCUACUCCACAGCGCCGGGACCAACAGGACCCUGGACCUACCGCGGGCAGGUGAUGCCCACGCAGGGCUCCUCCUUCACCAACCACCCGGGCAUCAUCGACUACAAGGACGGGUCGUACCUGUUCUACCACAACGGCGCCCUGCCCGGCGGCGGCGGCUUCACGCGGUCGGUGGCCGUCGAGAAGUUCGAGUACGGCAGCGACGGCAGCAUCCCCACCAUGGACAUGACCACGGAAGGGGCGCCGCAGAUCGCGCCCCUGGACCCGUAUGCCCGCGUCGAGGCCGAGACCAUUGCGUUUUCGAGUGGUUUGUCUACGGAGCCCAGCUCCGACGGCGGCGGUAUCCAUGUCACGAGCAUCAGCAACGGGGAUUAUAUCAAGGUGAAGGGGGUUGGGUUUGGUGACUCGGGCGCGGCGUCGGUCAGCCUGCGCGUUGCCGCGGCGAACGGUGGCGCGAAGGUGGAGUUGAGGUUGGGGAGCCGCACGGGUGCCGUGAUUGCGUCUUGCUCGGUUGAUGCUACAGGGGGUGCUGAUGUGUGGAAGACUAUCUCGUGCCCGCUCUCCGGCAGUGCGACGGGGCAGCAGGAUCUGUUUUUCAACUUUGUGGGUGGCGGAGAUCAGAAUUUGUUCAAAUUCAACUGGUGGCAGUUUGCAAGAAAGUGA